CCUGUUUAUGUGAUGAUGUUACAUUUUCAGGUUUUUUUAUCGGCCAUUUACAGCUCUGGUUCUGAAAGACACCUCAAAUAUAUUCCAAAGAUCUUCAAUAUGGAGAUUUUUGGAUGUUUUGCUCUGACUGAAGUAAGUCACGGGAGCAACAGCAAGGCCAUCCGGACGACCGCUCACUACGACCCUACCACUGAGGAAUUCAUCAUACAUUCCCCUGAUUUUGAAGCCGCCAAAUUUCUGAUUGGCAACAUGGGCAAGACGGCUACUCAUGCAGUGGUGUUUGCCCAGCUGUACACGCCGGGGGGCCAGUGCCAUGGCCUGCAUCCCUUUGUCGUUCAGAUUCGGGACCCGAAGACUCUCCUUCCUGUGCCCGGAGUGAUGGUGGGCGACGUAGGGCGGAAGCUUGGGCAGAACGGCCUGGACAACGGGUUCACCAUGUUCCACAAGGUUAGGAUUCCUCGCCAAGACCUUCUGAACCGGACCGGAGACGUCACCCCCGAGGGUACCUACGUCACCCCCUUCAAGGUACCGUGUCUCCAGGUGUCUCAAGGUCCUGUGCCCGCAAGGAAGAGGUCUGCCACAGGAGCCAGGUUGGCUGGGGCAGACUGCUCUAGGUUUGGGUUCCAGUGCCACCAACAAGGAAGGGGACACUUGGGUCAGCCCCACCUCCAGGGCCCGGGGCUGACAACAUGCUGGCCCACAGCUGCCCGCAGGCCUCCCCUCGCCUGCACCACCCCCACCAGCCCCACCAGGUUAGUUAGGGAGGCCGCUCCCCUCAGAGCUGCUCCUCACUGUGGGUUUAAAGGUGAAAGGUUGCUGGUGAGCCAUCCACAAAUUGGGGUGACAGGGUUUUCUGGUGACUGGGGCUCACUGUCCCCCCAACAAUGGCGCCUCCUUCCGUACCUGGCCGCGGCCUACGCCUUAGACCACUUUGCCAAGUCGCUCUUCCUGGACCUCAUGGGGCUUCAGCAGGGCCUCCUGAAGAACGACCGGAGCGCCAGGCAGGUGAGGGGAGGCUCACUGUUCCCUGCAGCGUUGCUGUUAUUUCAGCCUCGUGGCUUUGUUGCAGUGAACCGUCUGGGCGACCUCCGAGACAAUAACGACCCAAACUGCACAUACGAAGGGGACAACAAUGUUCUCCUGCAGCAGACCAGCAACUACCUACUGGGCCUGCUGGCUCCUGGGGGCCCAGGUGGCGCUCACUUCCAGAGCCCCCUGAAGAGCGUGGCCUUUCUGGAAGCGUAUCCAGCCCUCCUUGGCCAGAGGUUCCAGGUUGCCAGCCUCGAGGACUGCUUGGACUCUUCAGUCCCCCUGGCAGCAUACGAGUGGUUGGUUUGUUACCUGCUCCGAGAGAGUUACCAAAAACUAAACCAAGAGAAGAGAUCAGGGAGCGAUGACUUUACAGCAAGAAACAACUGUCAGGUGUACUACUGCCGCUCCUUGGCCCUGGCGUUCCUGGAGCUCACGGUGGUGCGGAGAUUCCACGAGCACACGCACCAGCCCAGCGUGCCGCCCCCUCUGCGGGCCGUGCUCCAGCGGCUCAGUGCUCUCUACGGCCUGUGGUCCCUGAGCCAGCACACGGCCCUGCUCUACCAAGGUGGCUACUUUACUGGUGAGCAAGCAGGUAAAAUAGUAGAGAGCGCCAUCCUGGCCCUGUGUUCCCAGCUGAAAGAUGAUGCAGUUGCCCUGGUGGACGUGAUCGCCCCCCCUGACUUUGUUAUGGACUCACCGAUUGGCAAAGCCGAUGGCGAGCUCUAUAAAAACAUCUGGACCACCAUUCUUCAGGAAAGCAAAGUGCUGGAGAGGGCGUCGUGGUGGCCGGAAUUUUCCGUCAACAAGCCCGUCAUAGGAGGUUUGAGAUCGAAGCUGUAGUCCCUCCAGGAUGCGUUCAGCUGGGUCUCACUAAGCCAAUGAGAAAACAUUCACCUCAAUUCCAGUUCUCGAAGAUUCUGGAAAUUGCUGGCCUCCUGAACAUGCACCUCUGCACUUAACUGGCUGGCCGUCCUGUGCGCCCCAGGUGGCACUGGCCUGUCCUGGCGGGGCCCUCCCGAGUCCCCCCAGAGGGGUCACCCCCAAGUGCAGGGCUAAUUCAGGUGCUUUGUGAUUUGCUGUGUGAACAGAAAACCUAUAUAAGCACGUCUCCCCGAUGGACUGUCGACUUUGGAUAAUUAGAACUUUUCACACCUCGUUUUCCUCUACAGAAUAGAAAGCCGGACUGUCAUAAUAAGGGGUUUUUGGUGAGCUGAUAAUUUGCAUUCGUCUGAGGUUUUUACAGAGCUCUGCCAGCCUGAUGCUUUGUUAACUACUUGCCUUUACCCUGUAAUUAAAUAACCUCGCUCAUCUGCACUGUAGACCCUCUGAAUGGCAUCGUUUAAGAUUUUUAAGGAGACAAAAAUCCGUUUUCUUGCUGUCUCGUGCGGAACUAGAAGUUUCCAUCAAGGAAAUGUUUCCAAAGAAAAAAAAUGUAUAAUAAUUUGAAUGGUCAGUUUACA